AAAGGAUACUUUCAGUCAUUCGCCAUAUUCCCUCCGGGUGUGGUACCAGCAAUGGCGUAUUUGUUUGCUUGUUAAUCCAUUAACUUGAAUGAAACCAUGAGUACGUAGUAUGAUCUAGUGAGGGCGAGACUUAAUACUUCUUCGUGGCAGAUCGCCGGUUCGCGCCUUCAGACUUACGCGGUCAGUUUCUCGUUUCGCCCUCUUGUUCUUACCGUUUCCCUUCUUUUAAUCGCGGUGAUCUGAUUUGGAUCAGAUAAACCCUAAUUGAAUUUGAAACUGCGAGGGCUCUAAUUGUUCAAUUCAUCAGAGUGGGUGCUGAAAUUUGGUGAGAUUGGGGUUGUAGAACGAAGUUACGUGUUCAAUCACAAAAGGCAGGGCAAUUAUUAGUUUUUUGUUUUACUAUUGAUUUGGAAACAUAGAGGUUUUGUUGAUUCAGAAGAUUAGAUCUUGAAAUUUUAAUUCAGGGUGUUUGAUUGCGAGAAGGAGAAAACUGUAAGAAUUGUCUUCUGAAGUUAGGGGAAUUCGGUGGCUUGAGUUCCUUUAUUUCUUUCAGAAAAUUGAAGUUAUGAUUCAAGAUUUUUCUAAACAAUUGCAAUUUCCCCUCAACUAGCAAUCGAUGAAUGGGAUUUGAAUUUUGCCAUUGGAGAAGCGGAUUAGGAGAGUUUUGAAACUUGGAGGGGAUUGAGUCCUUUGAAGAAUUGAAGAAUCUUGGAAUUCAAAAAGAGAUAAAAAUCAUGUUCUAUGGGGCGAUGGUAUGGGAUCCUUGGCUCAUUGUCUCCCAGAUUGUGUGCCUGCAGUGUUUAUACUAUCUUACUCUUGGACUAUUCAUGUUCGUUCUUGUUGGGACUCGUGUGUCUAGAAUGAGCCUAGUCUAUUUCUUUGAUUAUGCUACUCUGACUGCUUCUACAGUCACUGGUUGGUGCGUCAUUUCCUCAUUUCUACUCAGUGCACCUGCAGGGGCUUUUUAUAUAUUUUAUUUGAUUGAGAGAGCUAAAAAGUGCUUAGAUUUUUCGGCCACUGUCUACAUUAUCCAUCUCUUUAUAUGCAUCGCAUAUGGAGGGUGGCCAUCCUCAAUUACAUGGUGGGUUGUAAAUGGUACUGGUCUUGCAGUGAUGGCUUUGCUUGGUGAGUGGUUGUGCAUAAGACGUGAACUACGAGAAAUCCCCAUUCUUACACGAUAUCGUUCAAAUGUUUGACUGACUAGAGAAACUCCACAGGCAAGGGAAUAUGUAGCAGACUAUGUUGCGGACGGAUGAUAAACGCUUCUUUGUUGCUUUGGCGAAAUUUCUGGAUAAGGUUUAUGAAAUAUCAAUUUCAUAACGUGUCUUAAGAAAAGAAUUUUUUGAGUCCUCUUGGCAAAACUCAAGGUUCUACACUCUAUGCUGGCGCUGGUGAAAGGAAACAAAAAUGACACAUUUGGGAGAUUCAAGGUGGAGAAACUGGUCCUGCCUCAAAAGGUUGGUAGUUUUGAGUUAGAGAGUAAUGCCUCAUGUAUAAUGGUGACUGGUUUUAAUAGGGGCUUGUUUUUUCUUAAUUAUUUUUUGUAUUGAAGAGGAGAACAAUAGCCAUUUAAGUAAGUGGUUUACAUUCAUUUUCGUGCACAAUUGAACUCAAGACUUGUACUCCAAAUGUGAAAAUUGGCUUCUUUUCACAAGUGAGAAAUUUGUUUGUUUCUUUAUGUA